AUGAAUGAAAUUGCAACCAUUGGAAGGAUCCACCAUGUCAACGUGGUGAAACUCGUUGGAUACUGUGCACACGUCUCCAAGCGUGCACUUAUCUAUGAUUACAUGCCCAACUGUUCCCUUGAAAAAUAUCUUUUCAAUAGAGACAAAACGAUCUCAUUGAGUUGGGAUACGAAGUUUGAGAUUACAGUUGGUGUUGCUCGUGGGAUCGAGUAUCUGCACCGAGGGUGUGAUGUUCAGAUCCUGCAUUUUGAUAUCAAGCCUCAUAACAUACUUCUUGAUGAUAACUUCAUCCCAGAAAUAUCAUAUUUUGGGCUAGCAAAGUUUUUCCCAACGGAUAAAACCACUGUGACUAUGACUGCUGCUAGAGGAACCAUAGGAUACGUUGCCCCUGAACUGAUUAGCAGAAGUAUUGGAGCAGUCUCUUACAAGGCUGAUGUUUAUAGUGUCGGGAUGUUGUUAAUGGAAAUGGUGAGUUUGAAGAAAGACUUGAUUGGGAACAAUGACAAUUCGAGUCAAUAUUUUCCGUAUUGGAUAUAUGACUACUUCAACCAAGGGAAGGACAUUGAAGUUGUGAAUGAUGGUGAUGAUGAAAACCAUGAUGAUAGUUGGAGGAAAUACGGUCGGAAGAUGAAAAUAGUUGCAUUAUGGUGCAUACAGAUGAAUCUAGAUGACCGUCCAUCAAUGUACAAAGUGUUAGAAAUGUUGGAAGGUGAUGUUGAACGUCUAAAGAUUCCUGAGUAUCCUUCUCAAUCUAUUCAAACCGCUGUAGUAGAUCAAACAUGUUCCACUGAUUCAGUAUCGUUGCUGGAACAUGAUGAUUCUUCACCCAAUGUUGAGAUUAUAGUUGAAAAAUUGCAUAGCAUGCCAUAUAGUUGUAAAUCGCCUAAAUAUUGUAAAAUGUUAUAG